CUCGGAUUCAACUCCAGUUCGAUGUCAAGACUGACGUGCAUAUAGACCAUCAAGCGUGGAAGCUGUAUCUCACCCUAUACAUUCGCUACCGAUCUCACGACUCAUAGUGCACACGAUCCCUCCGUACUCUCUCCGCACCUCAACGGUGCAUUUGCGGAGAGUUUCCCCCCUGGCCAUCCGUGCUUUGGCGCCGUUGCUGGCGCAAUAACGGUUCAGCGGAUCUGCGAAGCCUCCACUGCAGAAGGAUCACAUCAAUCUGGCACUCGGCGUGUUCUUGACCUAUCCAUUCAGGUGAGGCAUUGCAGUGCCACAAGGCCGCCGUCAUGGCGAGAGUAGCGACUGCGGUCAAGGAGUCGCUGGUUGGGACAGAGGAGGAACCCUCGCUGUCGAGAGAGACGAGGUCGGACUUCAUGCAGCAUGCGAUCAAAGAUGACGCCACCGAAGAGUACUACCUCGAUGAGAAGAGGUUCAUCGAUGCAAUAGCGCCAGAAGGCGAGGAUUAUCACAAGAUCAAGCGGGAACAGUAUUCCAUCCUCUUCGACAUCGCCGACCGCAGUCAUAAAGGUCGCAUAAGCCUACAAGACUGGUCUGUCUUUAAUAAUCUGCUCGCCAAACCCGACGCCGAAUAUGACAUCGCUUUCCGACUCUUCGCAGACCCAGGUACAGGCCACGUGGACUUCAACAGCUUCAAAGAUACAUACGCCCGCAACAAGACCAGCGACACAAUACCAUUCAACUGGGACAGCGAUUGGGCGACGCUAUAUCUUGGUGGGAAGAAGCACCGGCAUUCUAUGACCUACCCGCAGUUUGCGCAGAUGCUACGUGGGCUGCAAGGCGAGAGAGUGCGGCAAGCCUUCCUUCACUUCGAUAAGAACGGAGAUGGAUACAUAGAACCGGAGGACUUCCAGCGCAUCAUACAAGAGACGGCUGCGCACAAGCUGUCAGACCACCUUCUCACUAACCUACCAACACUGUGUAACAUCAGCCCUGGGUCAAAAAUCAGCUAUGCGAAUGUGCGCGCCUUCCAGAACGUGAUACGAGAGAUGGACCUGGUGGAGCUGGUGAUACGAAACGCGAUCGGCAAGAGUGGCGAUGGCAAGAUUACGAGAGUGGACUUCCUAAAUGAGGCAGCACGGAUAACGAGGUUCACGCUAUUCACACCGAUGGAGGCGGACAUCCUUUUCCACUUUGCGUCCUUAGACCAGCCGUCAGGAAGACUGGGACUAUCGGACUUUGCGCGGGUGCUGGAUGCGAGCUGGCACUCAAAUGGACGCGCUCACGACACAAGCCAGGUUGCCGGCGCAGCAGAGAAGGCUGUCGCAGGCUCGAAGACAUUCCUCCACGACCUGUUAAUAUCAGCGCACCAUUUCGGUCUCGGCUCGAUCGCCGGAGCGUUCGGUGCGUUCAUGGUGUAUCCGAUUGAUCUGGUGAAGACGCGCAUGCAGAACCAGCGAAGCUCCAGAGUAGGCCAGGUGCUGUAUAAGAACAGCAUUGACUGCUUCCAAAAAGUCAUCCGCAACGAAGGCUUUCGCGGCCUUUACUCUGGUGUCGUGCCGCAACUCGUGGGCGUGGCGCCGGAAAAGGCUAUCAAACUUACCGUCAAUGAUCUUGUACGAGGCAAGUUCACCGAUAGACAGACCGGCCAAAUCCCUCUCUGGGCGGAGAUCAUGGCAGGAGGAUCGGCAGGUGGCUGUCAAGUCAUCUUCACCAACCCACUCGAGAUCGUCAAGAUCCGACUGCAAGUGCAAGGUGAGGCGCUCAAGGCUGCCGCCCGAGAGGGCGAGGAACUCACGAAGCGCUCCGCUCUGUGGAUCGUCCGCCAUCUCGGCUUGGUCGGCCUCUACAAGGGCGCAUCGGCCUGCCUACUCCGCGAUGUCCCGUUCUCCGCCAUAUACUUUCCGACCUACUCCCACUUGAAGCGCGAUUUCUUCGGCGAGUCACCGGCCAAAAAGCUGGGUAUCCUGCAGCUACUCACUGCAGGUGCUAUAGCAGGUAUGCCAGCUGCUUACCUCACAACACCUUGCGAUGUGAUCAAGACGCGGCUACAGGUUGAAGCGCGGAAAGGCGACACAUCUUACACCGGCCUCCGAGAUGCGGCAACCAAGGUCUUCCGGGAAGAAGGAUUCAGCGCCUUUUUCAAAGGCGGUCUGGCGCGUGUGCUGAGGAGUUCGCCACAGUUCGGCUUCACGUUGGCCGGUUACGAACUUCUACAAGGGCUGCUACCGUUACCUGGGGAGCAGACCGCGGGGAAGGGGCUGGGACCGAGGGGUAGUAUCGAGCCAGCGACGGGCUUGCAGGAGGCCAAGGCCCCAUUGCCUUAUCUGCGGAGUCGAAAUGCGCUCAAGAUCAUUCUUGAUCUUGACUUGGGCUUUGGACGGCCGAGGUUGAAUGAGGGUUCGAGACGAUCGGGAUGGAUGCCCAGCGCGCUGGGGAUGAAGGGCGCUGCUGCUUCACCGUCACCGGAGGCCUAAGACGACUGGCCAUUGAGCUUGAUUUUUGUGGUAGGUGUUGGGCGUUUCUGCUGUGGAUCAUGCGACCAUAGAACAUGAUUACGGCAGUGUAUGCAUAGUAGCCAACGGCGGCUGUGGAAGCAUAGCGAGGCUUGGAUCUUUAAGGCCGCGCAAAGUAAAUGGGUCGAGAUGUAGCUGUAGAGUACUUUGUGAAAACACACUAGACCGUUACCAC